CCUGGCGACCAGGUGGAGGAGCUGAGCGGCUGGAGGAAGAUGGCGGAGACUCGGGGGGCAGUGGUGACGGCGCUGCUUCUGCUGUGCUGGCGGGGGGCAGUGCCCCAGCCCAUUAACAUGACCUCAGGUGCACCCACGGACAUGCCACCCUUGUCCAAAGCCCAGGAGGACAGCCCUGGACUGUUUGCUAAGGAGGGUCCUCCUGCCACACCAGACGAGCUUCUCGUCCAAGAGAUGCUGAGCGCAAACAAGUCAGCCGUGAGCGAGGCACAGACGACAGCAACCGCCCUGUCCACAAAGUUCCUCAAGGAGAAAAACCUGGGUCUGGAUGAGCCCUUUGCGCUGGGUGCUGGCAUAGCUGAGGGCUUCCGGGCACCCACUGAGGGCCCACAGUUCUCCGUGGGCGGAGAAGACAAAAUUCUCAACAGCGAGCCCACCAUGGAGGACACCUUUCAAAUGGAAGAUUCCAGCACUUUCCGCGAGCCACCGUUCUCCUCGGGCAAAGAGGAAAAAGAUCCCAAGGAGGGCAAGUUCCAUCCCCCUGGGACUGGCACCCCAGCCCUGCCCGAGGGGGUGGCGUGGGGGGCCCUGGUUCUUGGGUUUCUGCGAGGCUGAGAGCAGCGGGCACUGCUCUGAGACAGAGCUGGUGAGGACGUGGACAGAGGGUCACACUGGGGGCGGGGAGCAGGGGGGUCACGGAGAGUGGAUGCCAGGGCAGCCUCGCCCUGGGCUUCACACCCCACCCAGCUUUGCACACCAGCCGUUGGCAGAAACCGUGCCAGACACAGCCAGCUGCCGGGACUGCCCAGUGUCCUGUCUC